AUGUCGUUUGGGCAUUCGGAGAAUCUGAGUCGAGGCACAUUUAUCCAACCACCUACCAAAGCACCAAGUUCUCGGAGGAAAAGAAAAGAGAAAGUCGAAGAGUCGCAGUCGCAUUCGCCAAGCAAAACAGUCAGAUUUGAGGAGACCUCCAACCCUCAACCAAAGGCUCGAAGACGCCAGGCCAAUCUAUACGAUGCAGUCGCCGGCCGUGUCACUGCCCGAGGAUUCGCCCAAUCUACACCUAUAGCCUCUAAAUACCGUGAUACUGCGUCGUCGGGGGCUCGCAUUCAACGACCAGAAGAGGUCCUCUUCCGCAAAGAUCACCCCAUGAGACAAGCCGAAAACUGCGAACCAUACUUUGCGCACGAGAAUCUCCCCGCUGACCGUCCUCUGCCCAACUCGGAUCUCCUCCAGUCAAUACACGCCUACGCCUCGGACUUUUACAAAUACACACUAGGAGAGAGCGGGAGGAAAAGUCACUAUAGCAUGAAUGAAUCCGCACUGCUGGCGGUGGGGAUUCUAGUCGAGGAAAUGGCGAAGGAUGGCCUGGGCGACAACGGCCAUUUGCUCAUGAUCGAACCGCAAGGUCUGAAGGGCGAUAUUAGCGGCAAUGCGGAGGAUUUCCUGCCUAAACGUGGUCGACCGGUCGGUUGGAGGGCAGAUGUCGAUGGAAAGAAGCCGAAAGCUCCCCGGCGCAAACGUGCUCAGACUAUUAUCCAGCCCAGGCGCAAACGGCCCAGACUCGAAGAGCUCAUCGGGUCCAACAGGAAAAGCAGGGGCGGUUGA